CACAGCAUUGAGCAAACAGCUGAGAUCCUGUUGUCUCUAUCGCCUGCUGAAGUUGCUGGUCUCAAGGAAGGAAUCAAUUUUUUCCGAAAUAAGAACACAGGCAAAGACUACAUCCUAUACAAGGACAACACGCUCCUGAGGGCAUGCAAGAAUUUGUGCAAGCACCAGGGAGGUCUGUUCAUAAAGGAUAUUGAGGAUUUAGAUGGAAGGUCUGUUAAGUGCACAAAGCACAACUGGAAGUUAGAUGUGAGCACGAUGAAGUAUAUUAACCCUCCAGGAAGCUUCUGUCAAGAUGAACUGGUGGUUGAAAUGGAUGAAAACAAUGGACUUUCACUUCUAGAACUGAAUCCUCCUAACCCCUGGGAUUUCGAGCCCAGGUCACCUGAAGAUUUGGCUUUUGGAGAAGUACAGAUAACAUAUCUCACUCAUGCCUGCAUGGACCUCAAGUUGGGAGACAAGAGGAUGGUGUUUGAUCCUUGGUUAAUGGGCCCUGCUUUUGCCCGAGGAUGGUGGUUGCUACAUGAGCCUCCAUCUGAUUGGCUGGAGAGGCUGUGCCAAGCAGACCUCAUUUACAUCAGUCACAUGCACUCAGACCACCUGAGUUACCCUACACUGAAGAAGCUUUCUGAGAGAAGACCAGAUGUUCCCAUUUAUGUCGGAAACACAGAAAGACCUGUAUUUUGGAGUCUGAAUCAGAGUGGUGUCCAGUUGACUAAUAUCAAUGUUGUACCAUUUGGAAUAUGGCAGCAGGUAGACAAAAAUCUUCGAUUCAUGAUCUUGAUGGAUGGCAUUCAUCCUGAGAUGGACACUUGCAUUAUUGUGGAGUACAAAGGCCACAAAAUACUGAAUACAGUGGACUGCACCAGACCCAAUGGAGGAAGGCUGCCUGAAAAAGUAGCUCUAAUGAUGAGUGAUUUUGCUGGAGGAGCAUCAGGCUUUCCAAUGACUUUCAGUGGUGGAAAGUUUACUGAGGAAUGGAAAGCCCAGUUCAUUAAAACAGAAAGGAAGAAGCUCCUGAAUUACAAGGCUCAGCUGGUGAAGGACCUGCAACCCCGAAUUUAUUGUCCCUUUGCUGGAUAUUUUGUGGAAUCCCACCCAUCAGACAAGUAUAUUAAGGACACAAACAUCAAAAAUGACCCAAAUGAACUCAACAAUCUUAUCAAGAAAAACUCUAAUGUGGUAACGUGGACCCCACGACCUGGUGCCAUCCUGGAUCUGGGAAGGGUGCUAAAGGACCCAACAGACAGCAAGGGCAUCAUCGAGCCUCCAGAGGGGACAAAAAUUUACAAGGAUUCUUGGGAUUUUGGACCAUAUCUGGACAUCUUGAAUGCUGCUGUAGGAGAUGAAAUCUUUCUUCAUUCAUCCUGGAUAAAAGAAUACUUCACUUGGGCUGGCUUUAAGAAUUAUAACCUGGUGGUCAGGAUGAUUGAGACAGAUGAGGACUUCAACCCCUUUCCUGGAGGAUAUGACUACCUGGUUGACUUUCUAGAUUUAUCAUUUCCAAAAGAAAGACCAAGCCGGGAGCAUCCCUACGAGGAAAUUCGUAGCCGGGUUGAUGUCAUGAGACAUGUGGUGAAGAAUGGGCUGCUAUGGGAUGACUUGUACAUAGGAUUCCAAACCCGGCUCCAGCGGGACCCCGACAUAUACCAUCAUCUGUUUUGGAAUCAUUUUCAAAUAAAACUUCCUCUAACGCCACCCAAUUGGAGGUCGUUUCUGAUGCACUUUGGUUAAAGUGGACCUGGAAUGUCCCAGGCACAAGAAUCUGGUGGCAGAGUUGGUUUCCCUAAUCUCUAACAUCAUUGGUAACAAAACUUGUGAUGAUCUACUACUUCUAAUGAAGACAAACAGCAUCUGAUUCUAGUGCAAGUCGUACAUCAUGAGUUAUAAGAACACUUGGAAUUCAGAAAUUAUAUUUUUGAUCCAUACUGUA